AUGCAGGAUGCUAAUGGUUGGAUGAGCGGCGAAACCGUUCUGGUAGAGAAAGCAGAAUCUAUGGAUUCGUCCGCCGCAGAUGCGAACAUAGAUGCAGAAGCAGCAGUGAGGAUUAUUGUCGGGAUAGGGUCCUUUGGCGCAAUUGAAUUUUCUUCCCUGACAGCCAAGGACGGGCUGACGAUGGAGUUCACAAGCCUACAGGCAGCUUAUGACUACUACAACGAAUUCGGUCGCAUGAAGGGAUUCUCGGUCAGGAUGUCCAAGGUGGGUCGCAAAACAAAGCAGGGGGCAGAGGGUGAAAUAAUUUGGCAGAUAUUCAUGUGCUCCAGGGAAAGAGAGCACGACGGGAAACACAUGUAUCGGGAAGACAGGAAAAAGGAUCCUCGACCGAUCACGCGGUGCGGGUGUGAAGCCCGGAUUAAGGUCCACGCUGAUGAUGCCAGCGGGCGAUGGUUUGUUAAACAAUUCUGCGAUAACCAUAAUCAUCCCAUGCUGGAUGCGAGGUUUAAGGGUAUGCCGCGGUCACACAGAGCAGUCAAGGAAGGGGAUUUGCACUAA